AUGACAAUCCAUCUCCGCCCGGCCUCCGAAGCGGAUUUGGCGACAAUCGUCGAUGUCUCAACAGCCGCCUUCCCACCAGACGUAGACACAAUUGUGCGCCACCUCUUCCCAGGGGAUCUGCACUUUUCCGAUGGUGUACGAAAAGCGCGAAUAGCACGCAAAUCCGUCAAAUUCGGACUCAAAAGUACCGUCGUCAUGGUCGCUGUUGACGAUGAUAAAAAUAAGAUUGUGGGAUAUGCGAUUUGGGAGGUCCCAGUUUCGUCAUCGGACGAGGGUGAGAAUGAAGAAGAGGGGGUAAUGUUGCCGCCGCUGGCUCAAGAAGGAAUUGAUAAAGCGCCGUUUAUGGAAUUGCGUCGUAUACUGGAGGACGAUGUACGAGAGCAAUUCGGGGAUAAGGGGACCGUGGAUGUCUGGACUCUUGACUCCCUGGGCGUUCAUCCCAAUCACCAGAAAAAAGGAAUUGGGCGGAUGUUGCUUGAUUGGGGUAUCGAAGAAGCAUCUAAACAAGGGCGGGGUUGUUAUUUGGUUGCGACACCUGCUGGGUUGCCAGUGUAUACGGCCGCGGGGUUUGAGGAUGUGAGGGUUUUAGAUAUUUUUGGGACGCCGCAUGUUUCCAUGAGGAAGAGAAAUCCUGGGGGGUUUUAG